AUGUCUGGAAAGAACUUAACAGCAGAACAAGAGAAAACUAGUGAGAGAAUCAUGUUGGAGAGUGGUCUUAAGGGUGCUGCCAUUGGUCUUGGUAUUGGUGCCCUUGCUACUGUCAUGACAUUUCGCAGAUCUCCCGAAUUCAGAGCAUUGAGCAGACCUCUGCAAUCAUUGAUGACUGUCUCAACCACUACCGCUGGUUUCCUAUUUGCAUCUGAUAAAGCUGUUACAGAAUAUGAGAACCGUGAGCUUGGUUAUACUGACGAGGAAAUGAUCGGUCAGCUAGGACAACAACGUAUUCCCGAUGAGCAUUUGUCUACUAUCGACAGAUCAUUACGUUAUCUUAACGACAAUCGUUGGUCAUUUAUCGGCUUUUCAUGGGCUGCAUCUAUGGUUGGUGCUCUCGGCUAUAGUUUCUCCAAUAAGUAUCUUACAACCCAACAAAAGGUUGUUCAAGCACGUAUGUAUGCUCAAGCCGUUACCAUUGCUGUUUUGAUGGCCUCUGCUGGUUUGUCUAUCUAUGUUGGCGAUGAUGACAAACCCCGUAAAGAGCAACCUGAUGCUCAAUUAAGAGCUGUUCUUUCUCUCCCUGAAUCCAUUUCACCAAAGUCUGAGUCCAAGAUGGUGAAGCAAACCUCAUCAGAAUAG